GAAACGUGUAAGGAUAUUUGUGGGAUGUAUAGAGUGGAAGGAGCACAUAAUGAGCGAGAAGCACUUUGUUCUUCUCAUGGAUUACAAGCUACAUUGGAAUGUGCUCAAUGUAUCGACUCUACCUGGCCAGAAACAAGCUGGGAAGAAUCUGCAAUGGCGGAAUAUGAACGUAUAGUUUCCGCUUGUAAUGAUGGAGAAGAGUGA